AUGGCUUAUGCUGCUGUGAUUUCCCUUAAACAGACAAUUGAGCGAAGCCGACUCGGAACAUCUUGUACAAAAAUCCUAGAAUAUUUGUACGAUGAGGUUUCUGCAUUGCAAGAGGUUCUCAAAGAGUUUGACAGCAGCAGUAGAGCCAUCAGCAGGGAGAAGGUGAAUGAUCUGGACGGGCAAAUCAGAGGGGCAGUAUGGGAAUUAGAAGAUGUAAUCGAAUCGCAUUGCCCAAAUCAGUUUCUUUCACUAUUUGAUGAAGAAAUAUCACCUGGAGAAGAAGAUGAUCCUCCAUUCUUGUUCUUGGAGGAACUAAAGCAAGAUAUCGAUUCCUUUAUCCGAACGGUGGACAACCUGAAGAAGGCCUACGUUCACGAGUUACAAAAUCCAUCGCAUGAAGAAGAAGAAGAAGAAGAAGACGAAAAAGACGAAUUCGUCCAUUCAAGACCCGACGAGUCGAAAAUACGCAUGGUUGGAUUAUCCGAUCAGUUCAAGAAAGUGAAAAACUGGCUCACGAACAAAUUACCACGAGGGCCAACACCACGGCAUCUGAAGAGGACGCUCGCGCUAUUCGGAACGGCAGGCAUCGGUAAGACAGCUCUCGCAUUAAAACUCUUUCAAGAUCCGUCGAUUUCUAGUCAUUUCGACAGAAGUUUGUUCGUCACUGUGGGCCCGAAAUACCAAUUAAAACGCGUCUUGAUAGAUAUACUAAAGCAAGUGAAAAAUCCUGACGACAUUGAUGAAGAGAUAAUGCUGAUGAAAGAAGAGAUUAUGAUAGAUGCCUUAAAGGAGUUGAUGCACAGAAGUUUAGAUGAUGAUAAGAGGUACUUGAUGGUGCUGGAUGACAUAUGGGACAAUGAUGUAUGGUUUGGCUUGAUACAUCAUUUUCCGGAUGACAAUAGAGGAAGUCGAAUAUUGAUCACAACUAGGCUAAGGGAAGUGGCUCAUACUGCCAACGCUGAUGUUGAUUGCGAAGUACGAUUUCUUGAUAAGAAAGAAAGUUGGGAUCUUCUUCGUGAGAAGGUGUUUGGUGAACAAGAGUCGUUACCUUACGAACUUGAGAAAGCUGGAAAGAAGAUUGCUGAGAAAUGUGAAGGUCUUCCUCUUACGAUCAUCACAGUUGCCAAAAUCCUGUCCAAAUCCGACAAGACAACAGAGUACUGGAACAAAGUAGCUGCUGAGAAACAAAAUUCGGUUUUCAUGGAUGCGUACGAGAAAAUGUCCAAGGUACUACAUCCAAGCUAUGAAUACUUACCUCAAUAUUUAAAAGCAUGCUUUCUGUAUAUGGGAGUUUUCCCUCAAAAUUAUGAAAUACCCUACUCCAAGCUCGUCAACUUGUGGAGAGCUGAAGGAUUUCUCUCGUACGUGGACGAAACUACAAAUGAAUAUUUCGCUGUGAAACAUUUGUUCGGUAUUUUCUCCAAAAGUCUUUUCACGUGGAACAUAUCUUCAUCAGAAUAUUUCGCUGUGAAAUGUUUGUUCGAGCUUAUCUCGAAAAGUCUUGUAAUGAUCCACAAGCAGAGCUAUAGUAAUGGAAUGAAAACUUUUAGCCUCCAUUCUCCCUUUUGGUACCUGUGCAACAAAGAAGCGAUGAAGAGAAAGUUUUUCUACGCCUUAAAUACUCUUGCCGAUGCUUUAGCAGAAGAAGGUACAGAAGGACAUCGUAGAUUGUGCGUUCGCAAUAACGUUUUAUUCGCCAUCAAAGAUGUGUAUGACUGGGUGGAGUCCACUUCAACUGUACGUUCUCUCCUAUGUACAGGUCCAUAUCAUCCAUAUCCAGUGCCAGUAUGUUCGAGUUUGAGUUUGCUAAAGAUACUCGACGCACUUACAAUCCGAUUCUACGAAUUCUCAAUGGAAGUAGUUACAUUAGUUCAACUGACGUACCUUGCCCUUACAUUCAAUGGAAACCUCCCUUCUUCCAUAUCCAAUCUUUGGAAUCUUGAGUACUUGAUUGUGCGUCGGCAUUUGAGCAUCAUAGGAUUUGGUGGGAAUUAUUCCUCGUAUUUGCCUAUGGAGAUAUGGCGUAUGCAAGAACUGAAGCAUGUUCAUGUAAUGGGAAGCGAUUUACCAGAUCCACCGACUGAAGAAGAAGAAUCUCUCUUACCAAACCUUCUAUCACUUUUAGAUGUGACUCCUCAAAGUUGCACCAAAGAUGUUUUCGAACGAACGCCUAAUCUACAAAAGUUAGGAAUUCGAAUUCAAUUGUCUAUUAAUGACGAUGAACCCUUUUCCUUCUUCGAUCACAUUUCCCAUCUUCAUAAACUAGAAAAACUUAAAUGCGCAAUCGUAAAUCCUAAAAUCAUGUUGUCUGGCGUUGUUGCCCCACCUGUUCCUCUUUCGAUAUUUCCACCGAGUCUUGUGAAGUUGACUUUGAGCGGCUUAGGAUAUCCGUGGGAAGAAAUGAGCAAGAUUUCUUCGUUGCCAAGUCUUAGAGUGCUGAAAUUACGGUGCCAUGCGUUUCGAGGGGCAAAGUGGACAGUGAUAUAG